AUGGCCGAACUACAGAUGCAAAAUGGCAACUACGAGCUUGGUCUCAGUGGCAGCUUCCUCCAAGAUCUUCCCUCUUCGAUCAAACGAUAUACAUACCGCGGGGAGUCAGACUUCUUUGACAUCUUGAAAACCGAACCCGCUCGUUUCGAAGCCUCCCCCCACGCAAGCGAAUUCCUCCUCUUUCAUGCAAGCAAAGAGACCAUCGAUACCCUCCUCGAAAAUGACUACGCUUCUCCCGUCGCGAGAUACAUCAUUUCAUUUGACACCAACGAACAACUUUUCUUGGUCAGGAUACCGUCAACUCCACACGGUGGGGUGGCCUACGCUGUAAACACUAUGAUGAUGAGGGUCACAGACCCGAUGGGGUUGUCCGAUUCCCUCAGAGGAUGUGUAUAUGUAGAGGCCAGAGAAGCGUCCCGCGGAAAAGAGGCAAACUUUGGAUGGAGAGUCAGACCAAGAAGGACCGCUCGUGGGAUAUCUCGUUCACCAUCCGUUACUAUCGAAGUAGCAUACUUGGGAAAUGACGCCAAACUAAACUCCGAUGUGCGCUUCUGGCUCAAUCCUGACGAUGGAAAAGCAAACGUAUGUUUGACACUUCAGAUUGGUCGGUACCAGCCAGAAAUCCAGAUUGAGAAGUGGGAGAACAAGAACAACCGCAUUCAUCGCUCCCAAGUCAUCUGGAUUACCAAGCGUGGAAACCAGAUAAACAUUAGUCACCAUCCUCUUAUCAUCUCGUUUGAAAGUCUAGUCUGUCGCCCACCAUCCUGUCCACGGGAGGAAGAUUUGAAAUUCUCACAGAAACAGCUGGAGGAGCUCGCGGAGUUCAUUUGGGAUCUCCAAUUCUGGUGA